AUGAGAGCUCCAAGUGUUUUUUUAAUCUUUCUUUCCUUGCUAGGGGUAUGGGCGAGAUCACUCCCCGAUGUGAAAAGUCAGAUCAGUGAAGCCAAAAGGCAAGCCACCAAUCGGUUGGUGUUUGCGCAUUUCAUGAUUGGAAUCACAAGUGACAGACAUAGCGCCUCUGCCUACGAUGAUGAUAUGCAACGAGCAAAGUCUCUUGGGAUUGACGCGUUUGCAUUGAAUAUUGGCGUUGAUCCUUACACAGAUCAACAGCUAGAAUUUGCGUAUGAUGCUGCGGCAAAUAAUGGAAUGAAGGUUUUCAUUUCGUUUGAUUUCAACUGGUGGAACACUGGACAGGCUUCUGCGAUUGGCCAAAAGAUUGCGCAGUAUGCUACUAAGCCAGGUCAAUUGAUGGUGGACGACAAGGUUUUUGUGUCGUCGUUCUCAGGCGAUGGAUUGAAUGUGGGAGCCCUACGAGCUGCCGCUGGACGACCCAUCUUCUUUGCUCCUAAUUUUCACCCAUCUUACGGGACAGAUAUCUCGACAGUUGAUGGUCUACUCAACUGGAUGGCCUGGCCAAACAAUGGAAACAAUAAAGCACCUUCACCGGGAGCUAAUGUUUCCGUGGCUGAUGGAGAUAAAGUCUAUACCAAUGCUCUCGGGGGAAAAGCCUAUGUUGCCCCGGUAUCUCCGUGGUUUUCUACACAUUUUGGGCCGGAGGUUUCUUAUAGCAAAAAUUGGGUCUUUCCCUCGGAUCUUCUAUGGUACAACCGAUGGAAUGAUGUUCUAUCUCUCGGCCCCCGCUUUAUUGAGAUUGUGACCUGGAAUGAUUAUGGGGAAUCCCAUUAUAUUGGACCUUUGAAAUCUCCACAUACAGAUGACGGAGCCUCAAGAUGGGUCAAUGAUAUGCCCCAUGACGGAUGGCUUGAAAUAUCAAAGCCCUUCAUCGCAGCAUUCAAGGCUGGAGCAUCGUCACCAAACAACUAUAUCACUGCGGAUCAGUUGAUCUACUGGUAUCGACCAGCACCGCGAGACCAAAACUGUGAUGCAACAGAUACUUGCAUGGUUACCGCCAACAAUGGCAGCGGAAACUACUUUAUCGGCCGCCCGGAUGGAUGGCAGUCCAUGCAAGACUCUGUUUUUGUUGUAUCUCUGCUGAAAUCCCCAGCAACAGUUCAAGUCAACUCUGGCGGCACUGUUUAUCAAUACAAUGCACCAGCUGGGGCGUACGCGAAAGCAGUACCCAUGCAAGUGGGCGUGCAAGCAUUUUCAAUCGCCCGAGAUGGACAGACAGUUCUUUCUGGGACUAGUCUGAAGCCUAUCAUUGCUGGAUGUGUUUGUGGUCUGUAUAACUUCAAUGCCUAUGUGGGAACGUUACCGCCAGGAUUCGAUGAUCCUUUGCAGCCAGAUGCCCUAGCUGCCUUUUCUCAAGGGUUACGUGUGAAUACCUGUCGUCCGACUCCUUCUUUGGGAACCGUUCCUCCACCUGCAUCCACUACAUCAACGACGUCGAUACCAGGGGGGCCAGGGACACCUACAGGACCGACGAAUACUACAAGCCCGACCCCUCCUCCAACAAGUUGUCCAGGUGGUCCAGGUGGCGCCACAGCAACUGUUACAGUGAGCUACACAGCGACCCUAACGCAGACGCAAAGUACAAGCUGUGCGCCAGGUGGAGAUGGGUCAGGACCCGGUACUGGUGGCGGCGGUGGUGGUGGGAGUGUUAUGGGGCGCCAGUUUCACCACCCCCCUCAACGGGAGCAAAUGGUGUACCGCUUCCUGGAGAAGACGAUUCCUAUCUUGGUCUUUGCAGUUUCUCAUGUAGCCAUGGAUACUGCCCCCCAACUGCGUGUACAUAUGCUUGAAGACAUCGAUAUUUGUCUUUGGGUCGGUGCAGUGCAUAUACUAGGGUUCAUUCUUAGCAAGUAA